CCGGAGCAACAUGGCGCCGGUGGGCGGGGGCGGGCGCCCGGGCGGCGGGCCGGCCCGAGGGCGCCUCCUCCUGGCGGCGCUGCUGCUGCUGGUGCUGAUGUGGGCGCGGGGGGCCCGGGGCCAGGGCGACCCCCAGCGGGGCGCCAUCCUGGGCAUGAGGCUGGCGAGCUGCAACAAAUCGUGUGGGAUGAACGCGGAUGGCAUCAUCUUCGUGUCCGAAGGCAGCACGGUGAACCUGAGGCUGUACGGCCAGAGGCUGGGCUCCAUCUCCAGCAACCUGAUCUCCUUCACCGAGGUGGACAACUCCGAGGCCAUCCACAACUCCACCAACUGUCCCGAGCUCACCAAGGACCUGGUCGUCCAGCAGCUGGUCAACGUGAGCCGCGGGAACACGUCCGGGAUGCUGGUGGUGCUCACUAAGUUCCUCCGGAGGAGCGAAAACAUGAAGCUGUAUGCAUUGUGCACCCGGGCCGGGGUGGACGGUCCCUGGCAGAGGUGGACCGAUAAGGACUCGCUGCUCUUCAUGGUGGAGGAGGCUGGGAGGUUCCUGCCCCUCUGGCUGCACAUCCUCCUCAUUAUGGUGCUGCUGGGGCUGUCGGGCAUAUUUUCUGGCCUCAACCUGGGGCUUAUGGCCCUGGACCCCAUGGAGCUGCGCAUCGUGCAGAACUGUGGCACACAGAAGGAGAGGCGCUAUGCCCGCAAGAUCGAGCCCAUCCGGCGCAAGGGCAACUACUUACUCUGCUCGCUGCUUCUGGGAAACGUGCUGGUCAACACGUCCCUCACCAUCCUUCUAGACAACCUCAUCGGGUCUGGGCUCAUGGCGGUGGCGUCUUCCACCAUUGGCAUUGUCAUCUUUGGGGAGAUCGUACCUCAGGCCUUGUGCUCCCGACACGGCCUGGCUGUGGGUGCCAACACUAUCAUUCUCACCAAAUUUUUUAUGCUACUCACCUUCCCCCUCAGUUUCCCCAUCAGCAAGCUCCUGGAUUUUGUUUUGGGCCAGGAAAUUCGCACCGUUUACAACCGGGAGAAGCUGAUGGAGAUGUUGAAGGUAACGGAGCCCUAUAACGACCUGGUGAAAGAGGAGCUAAAUAUGAUCCAGGGUGCCCUGGAGCUACGGACCAAAACCGUGGAGGAUAUCAUGACCCAGCUCCAAGACUGCUUCAUGAUCCGCAGUGAUGCCAUCCUGGACUUCAAUACCAUGUCGGAGAUCAUGGAGAGCGGCUAUACCCGCAUCCCCGUGUUUGAAGACGAGCAGUCCAAUAUUGUAGAUAUUCUCUAUGUCAAAGACUUGGCCUUCGUGGACCCUGAUGACUGCACCCCCCUCAAGACCAUCACCCGCUUCUAUAACCACCCAGUGCAUUUCGUCUUCCAUGACACCAAGUUGGAUGCCAUGCUGGAGGAGUUCAAGAAGGGGAAAUCCCACCUGGCCAUCGUGCAGAAGGUGAACAACGAGGGUGAAGGUGACCCCUUCUAUGAGGUGCUGGGUCUGGUCACCCUGGAGGACGUCAUUGAGGAGAUCAUCAAGUCUGAGAUCCUGGACGAGUCGGAUAUGUACACGGACAACCGAAGCCGGAAGCGAGUAUCUGAGAAGAACAAACGUGACUUCUCAGCCUUCAAAGAUGCUGACAAUGAGCUCAAGGUGAAAAUUUCACCUCAGCUACUUCUGGCUGCUCAUCGCUUCCUGGCCACGGAGGUUCCCCAGUUCAGCCCCUCUCUGAUAUCAGAGAAGAUCCUGCUUCGGUUGCUCAAGUACCCAGAUGUCAUUCAGGAACUCAAGUUUGACGAGCACAACAAAUACUACAUCCGCCAUUACCUGUACACCCGAAAUAAGCCGGCCGAUUACUUCACCCUCAUCCUGCAGGGGAAGGUGGAGGUGGAGGCCGGGAAGGAGAACAUGAAGUUUGAGACAGGCGCCUUCUCCUACUACGGGACCAUGGCCCUGUCGUCGCCCACCUCUGACCACUCCCCAUCCCACCCCGCCACCCUCAGCCGCUCGGCCUCCCUUAGUUACCCGGACCGCACGGAUCUCACGAGCACAGCCACCUUGGCAAGCAGCACCAACCAGUUUGGCAGCUCCAUCCUGGGCCAGUACAUCUCCGACUUCAGUGUCCGGGCGCUCAUGGACCUCCAGUACAUUAAGAUCACUCGGCAACAGUACCAGAAUGGGCUGCUGGCCUCACGCAUGGAGAACUGCCCUCAGUUUCCCCUGGAUGGCUGUACCAUCUGCACAGAGAACUUAGCCGGGAAGUCCGAGUUGCCCGUGGUAGAUGAGACCACAACUCUUCUCAAUGAGCGUAACUCUUUGCUGCACAAAGCUUCCCAUGAGAGCGCCAUCUGACAGCAGGGCCCGGGGUCCCCCGCCAGCUCCGCGGGGGUCUCCCCAGUGGGCCCACAUGAAGAUAGGGAGGCUUUCAGGCCAGAAGAGGGACAGAUAGCCUGUCUAACUGAGCAGCCAGAUGGCCCCCAGAGUGUGGGGAGUUUUGGCCUCUGACAGGGACCUCUGAAUAGCUCCAAAUUAGCGGCUGCCCAGCCCUGGACUGGCAGGGCAGUGGGCCAGCUACCAUGAGCAAGGCUGUUUUUUACUGAGAGAAUUUCUGAACUAGGCUCACUGCUCCUCUUUUUAAAUAUUGUUUGGGGAAAGGAAUGGGGAAGGGAAGACAGGGUUAAGGAACUUUAUUUAAAACAAAAAAAAAUGUUUUUUCCACAAAAACUUCAAUGAAAAAGGGUAGGGUUUCUCACCCCGGGAAGCAAUAGCCAUAAUCUGCUCCCGGCCAUGACCUUCUGGCUUAUGUCCCUGAUUCAGGGAGCCCACUCCUCCUCUUCCUCCUCCUCCCCUUCGUCCUCCUCCAGAGAUGCUAUCCCAGAGGCCCGCUGGAGGAAGGUUUUCUCUUGGGAGGAAGACAGUUCCUUCCAGGAAGCAAAGAACCAAAUAGCGUUGAGAACAACUGCCUGGACACAUGCACUGAGGCUUGUCUGACGUCGCUGAGGCCUAGGGAUUCUGGGCAACUGUGAUGAGGGACAUGGUACUCCCAGCUACAGAGAGGAGCCCGCCCACUCCUGUCAACCGCUGGAUCCUGGAAUUUCCUAGGACUCUGCUGAUGGGCUCUCCUGGUGAGUUGGGCCAGGCUGAGGACUCUCACCCUUGUCUCUACUCGUUUGACUCAGAGUGUUUAGCAGGGUCUGACACUUUUAAGAUUGCUUACCCCUGCUUCCCAGGCCCUGCCCUUACUUUUACCAAAGGUUUCCCCCUCGGUGGGAGAACAUCUACAUUACGGGUGACUUGUCUGAGAUACUCCUUUCAGUUCCAGGAGGGAAUCUCGUCACGGGCAUCUGUGUUGGUAGCAAUUAAGACCAUCCCCUUUCCCACCCUGCAGUGAAAGUCAAGUGUCAGUCACUGACCUAUGAAGCCCCUCUUUUCAGACUCCCUACUUCUCAUCCCAAAGCCCAUUGCUUCUUGGGGAUUGAGGACAGCAGGACACAUAGGAAGCCAACCUAAGCAGGUUCUUCAUGCCCUCCUUUCCUCUGUGGCUGAGGUUUACCCAACCUUGUUCACACACUUAAAAAACCCAGGAAAGGAUGUUUCCACCUAAAAGACACACAACUGGCAGCCCUGUUGCCCCCGUCUUUAUAAUCCUAGCCUGAGUUGUCAUCCUGGCCCUUGCUGAAGCUAGUGGUACUGGAUCCUGAGAGCUCCCCCCCUACCCACAUGAAAUUCUGCCCCAGUGCCUUUUCCCUGGGGCUGAAUGAGGCCCUGCUGCAGAGCUCCAGGCUUGCCACUGUUGGGGAGGCUGUGGGACUAAGGUCCAUGUUGGCCCUUUUGUCGGGUGGAAAGGUUGCUGGGGGCCCAAGAUCAGGCGGGGGAGACUCUGCACACCUUCCACCUAAGUGGUAGUUAUUGACCCUUUCCUCAGCCCGUGACUCCUGUCACCCCAAGUGCUCUGUUCUUCAGGCACCUGGAGAAUCCUAGCUUUUGGGACCAGGAAGUGUCUGCACCAAGUAUACUUGCCCCUGGCUGGUUCUGAAGUCUCCCCUAGUCACAGAAUUUAUUCCUCGAAGUCUGGAGAAAAGGUGGUGACACCCAUGGGUUCUCAGUCAUGAGGAAAAAAACCCACCGGACCUUUAUUCCCUGUGGGGGGAAACCCCUCAGUUUUCUACAGGAGCAGCUUGCUUUCCGAGUCCACAUGGGAGCUUGCAAAGCUGUGUUCCUGAGAGACCUGAGUGCCAGGUGGGGCAAACCACAUUGGCCUGAACCAAGUGAGUGUGUGAAGUAAAAGGAGCAGGUGCACACACUUCCACAGCUACCUCUUUGCACACACGGUUACCACCAACAGAUGGUCCUCCCUUUCCCCACUUAUAAUCAUUUCUUGCAGAGGGUCAUAAUUAUCUCCAAAUAUUACUGGUCCGAUGACUUCCUCCUCCCAGUGCAAUUUUUUACUUCCUAUUCCAACCUCUGGUUCCUGGGCCGAGCCGUACCCUGGAACUGGCCCACCCCUGCGUGUCUUCUCAUGUAAGGGAGACUGUCGCAAAUGGCCUCCAAAUGGGUAGGCAAGUCACAGCCACCGUAGCGAAUAACUCAUAUUUAUUUUGCAUAAGAUUUUAAUUUGUAUAUUUUUGUGAUUUAUUUUGGCAUUGUUAUGAGUUUGACUCUCGGGGAGUUUUGUUGUUAUGACUCUUGUGUCUUUUGUCACAAGACAAUGAUAAUAUUUGCUAAACAAUAUAUGGAAUUUAUUUUUGAUUGGUAAUAAAAAAUGAAAUA